AUGAUAACUACUUACUGAUAAGAAUAGAGACUGUUAAUUACGGUAUUGUGAUUUGUGUACACGUUGAUUGAUAAAGCAAUGCGGCAUAGUCAAAACCUCAAACCUGUAAUUGCAUCAUUCUGAAUUUGUUGGAAAUUAAUGCGUUCAAAAUUACUGUUAAACACUUAUUGUUCCAUAACCUUCGGCAUACAUUCAGUACGUGGAAUUAGACUACCUUUAUAUCAAAAACCAAGUAAGAAAAAAAUGGCGCAAAAAGAAGGAAAACAGUCUCAGGUUUCAGAAAUGAAACCUUGGCCAGCCUAUAUUGAGGAACGUUUAAAAUUAUGGGACAAACUUAAAGAGCAGUAUACUAAUGAACUUGCUAGCAAACCUAGAGAACCUAUAACUGUAACAUUUCCUGAUGGAAAAACGGUUGACGCUAAGGCAUGGCAAUCAACACCAUAUGAAGUAGCUAAAGGCAUUAGUCAAGGACUUGCCGAUAACACGAUUAUUGCCAAGGUAAAUGGAGAACUGUGGGAUUUGGAUAGACCUUUGGAGAAAGAUUGCACUCUGCAUUUACUUAAAUUUGGAGACGACGAAGCUCAGCAAGUGUUUUGGCAUUCAUCAGCACACGUCUUGGGUGAAGCAAUGGAAAGAAUUUAUGGUGGUUGUCUAUGCUAUGGACCACCUAUUGAAGAAGGCUUUUACUACGAUAUGUUUUUAGACAACAAACAAGUGUCAAAUUUUGAUUUUCCUAUUGUUGAAGGCUUAGUAAAAACUAUUUUGAAAGAUAAACAACCAUUUGAAAGACUUGAAGUAAGCAAGGAAGAUCUUUUAGAAAUGUUCAAGUAUAACGAAUUUAAAGUAAGAAUACUAAAAGAAAAAGUAAAAACUCCAACAACUACUGUGUAUCGAUGUGGACCUCUGAUCGAUUUAUGCAGAGGACCACACGUACGCCAUACUGGAAAAGUUAAAGCAUUUAAAGUGAUCAAGAAUUCUUCUACAUACUGGGAAGGAGAUUGCAAAGCUGAAACGUUACAACGCAUUUAUGGAAUUUCAUAUCCUGAUAACAAGCUAAUGAAAGAAUGGGAAAAGUUCCAAGAGGAAGCUGCAAAAAGGGAUCAUCGUAAAAUCGGAAGAGAACAAGAGUUAUUUUUCUUCCACGAACUAAGUCCCGGUUCAUGUUUCUUUCAACCAAAAGGCGCAUAUAUUUACAAUACUUUGGUUGAAUUUAUCAAAAGUGAAUACCGUAAGCGUGGAUUCCAAGAAGUAGUUUCGCCUAAUAUUUACAAUGUUAAAUUGUGGCAAACAUCUGGCCAUUGGGCACAUUAUGCUGAAAAUAUGUUUUCAUUUGACGUUGAAAAAGAGACAUAUGCACUGAAACCAAUGAAUUGCCCUGGUCAUUGUUUGAUGUUCGACCACCGUAACCGAUCGUGGAGGGAACUCCCGCUUAGAAUGGCCGAUUUUGGUGUUCUGCAUCGAAAUGAGUUAUCGGGAGCUUUGACUGGAUUAACUCGAGUAAGGCGUUUUCAACAAGAUGACGCCCACAUAUUCUGUACUAAAGAUCAGAUUGGUCAAGAAAUUGUAAGCGCCCUAGAUUUCUUACGACAUGUUUACACCGUGUUUGGAUUUUCAUUCAAUUUGCGUUUGUCUACGAGACCAGAAAAGUAUUUGGGAGAACUAGAAAUGUGGAAUAAUGCCGAAAAACAACUCGAAGACAGCUUAAACUCAUUUGGUGAACCAUGGAAAUUAAACCCUGGAGAUGGAGCAUUCUAUGGUCCUAAAAUUGAUAUCACUAUUUCUGAUGCACUAAAACGGCAACACCAAUGUGCUACUAUUCAGCUAGAUUUCCAACUUCCUAUUCGUUUCAACUUAUCAUAUAUUGGUGAAACCGGAGAAAAAAUUCGUCCUGUAAUUAUACAUCGGGCUAUAUUUGGCUCUGUUGAAAGAAUGAUUGCUAUUUUAACUGAAUCUUUUGCUGGUAAAUGGCCAUUCUGGCUGUCUCCUCGACAGCUCGUUGUUAUACCAGUUGGACCACAAUUUGACGAGUAUGCAGAAAAAGUAAAAAAAGAAAUUUAUGAGUCCGGUUUUAUGUGCGACGUAGAUGUUGAUCAUGGUGACACAUUAAACAAGAAAAUCCGUAAUGCACAAUUGGCUCAGUACAAUUUUAUUCUUGUGGUUGGAGAUAAAGAGAGGACAGCUAAUACAGUAAAUGUCCGUACUAGAGAUAACAAUGUUCAUGGAGAAUUUAGUAUUGAAGAAACUAUUCAAAGGUUGCAAAAGUUAAAAAUUUCCAAAACUAACAACAGCGAAGUAGAAUUCUAAUUUAUAAUAAUUUUCUAAUUAUAAUAAAAUACUAUUAAAUUUGUAAGCAACGCCUGUUUUAAAAUUGUAUAAUUCUUCUAAAUACAUUCAUAGCUGGAUCAGUAGUAA